AUUUUAGAUAGCUGAUGUUAUCCUGCUUUUGUGUACCUGUUUUUGCAAGUGCUUGAUAGUUAUCUCGCAUUACAGAGGUCAUGAAUCUAAAAGAGGAAGAAUUCCCAUGAGAGCCUUUAUAGCUUAUCAAAUACAAGAAAGGAUGCUUCAACUGGACACGUUAUUAAAAGGCGGAAGAUUGUUCCAACAAUUUUUAGUGGACGCUUAUGCUGCACUUGAAGAGGAUCGAUUGGAUUACAUUAGAAAAAAUCAAAAAAAUUUAAGGAGUGAGGUUUAUAAAGGCAUUUAUGAUGCAAUUUCAAAUGGUGACAAUGAUGCCAAUAACAUAGGCCAAAGAGUCAUAUUGCCUAGCUCAUAUACUGGAAGUGCUAGAUACAUGCUUAAUAAUUAUCAAGAUGCUAUGGCAAUUUGUAGACAAUAUGGACAUCCUGAUUUGUUCAUAACUUUCACUUGCAAUGUCAAAUGGCCUGAAAUCGUAAGAGAGUUUGAUGCAAAACCUGGAUACAAACCGGAAGAUAGGCCUGAUAUAGUUUCGAGAUUAUUUAAAAUGAAGCUUGAUGAUAUGAUUAGUUAUAUCAAAUCAGGAAAACCAUUUGGAGAAGUUGAGGCAGAAGUUUGUACAAUCGAAUUCCAGAAAAGAGGAUUGCCACAUGCACACAUGUUGAUUUGGUUGAAGCGAAGUUAUAAAUGUUUUUCAGCAGUUGAUAUAGACUCCAUCAUUUCUGCUGAAUUACCGGAUAAGACUGUGGAUUCUGUUCUUUAUGAUAUUGUCAGUCAGUUUAUGAUCCACGGUCCUUGCGGAGAAAUCAAUCCUAAUUCUCCAUGCAUGCGGGAAGGUAAAUGUUCUAAAUCUUUCCCCAAACAAUAUAAGAGUGAAACAAUUUUUGAAACAAAUGGUUUUCCUGUGUAUAGACGUCGUGACGAUUCAAACAAAUUUGUGUUAAAAAAUGGAAUACAAGUUGAUAACAGCUUUGUAGUGCCUUACAAUUCUGAAUUACUACUGAGAUACAAUGCUCAUAUAAAUGUUGAAUCCUGUUGUCAAUCAAUGCUUAUCAAAUACCUUUUCAAAUAUAUAAACAAAGGUUCAGAUAGAGCUAGAGUGGUUUUUCAAGAGAACAAAGAGGAUGAAAUACUAGCCUAUCUUAAUUGUAGAUAUAUAUCUCCGUAUGAAGCUGUUUGGAGGUUGUUUCAAUAUCCUAUUCAUUCUAGAAAACCCUCUGUUGAACGAUUGCCAAUACAUCUACCUUUAGAACAAAAUGUUGUUUUCAAUGGUGAUCGAUCACUUCAGUCAAUUGUUAGUCAAAAGGGUAUUGAGCAUACAAUGUUAACAAGUUGGUUUGAAGCCAAUAAAACUUUUGUUCAAGCGCGAACUUUAACUUAUGCAGAAUUCCCCUCAAAAUUUGUGUGGGAUUCUCGCACUAAGAUGUGGAAGCCUAGGAAAAAAAAGGGAUCCAUAGGUAGAAUAGCUUAUGUGCAUCCUGCAUCUGGUGAGUUAUAUUAUUUAAGGAUGCUUUUGAAUUUUCAAAAAGGGGCCUUUCAUUUUGAUGACAUAAAAACUAUUAAUGGUAUCAUACAACCAUCAUACCAAGCUGCAUGCAAGUCCCUAGGUUUGUUAGGAGAUGAUAAAGAGUGGAUUGAGGCUUUAGCGAAUGCUGCUUUGCAAGAUGUUAACAGUAUACAAGAGAAUCAAGAAGAGGUUGUGAGUAGAAAGCGGUUCUUUGCAGGCUAG